AUGGAUGGUGCGGCGCAUUUUAGCAAGGAGAGGGUUUUCAGAGGGUUUCUGGUUUGGUUUUGCUUCUGGGGUUUGCUCUCUCUAACAUGCGCUGGGAGUCUCACUGUUUCAAGGCAGAAUUUCGAAGUGCAAAAACACUUGAAACGAUUGAACAAACCAGCUUUUAAGAGCAUUCAGAGUCCAGAUGGUGACAUAAUAGACUGUGUUCACAUAUCUAAGCAACCAGCUUUUGAUCAUCCUUUCCUCAAAGAUCACAAGAUUCAGAUGGAGCCUAGUUACAUCCCAGAACGGCUUUUUGAUGAGAACAAAGUGUCUGAGAAACCAAAAGAGAGAGUCAAUCCAGUAACUCAGUUAUGGCACAAAUAUGGAGUGUGUUCUGAAGGAACAAUACCUGUGAGGAGGACAAAGAAAGAGGAUGUUUUGAGGGCGAGUUCUGUUAAACGUUACGGUAAGAAGAAGCACCGUACCGUUCCUCAGCCGCGAUCUGCUGAUCCUGAUCUCAUCAACCAAAGUGGUCAUCAGCACGCUAUAACUUAUGUGGAAGGAGGCAAGUUUUACGGGGCUAAAGCGACAAUAAAUGUAUGGGAACCCAAAGUACAAAGCCCGAAUGAGUUUAGUUUGUCUCAGCUAUGGAUUCUUGGAGGUGCUUUUGGUCAAGACCUCAAUAGCAUUGAAGCUGGUUGGCAGGUUAGUCCGGAUUUAUAUGGCGAUAACAACACAAGGCUUUUCACAUACUGGACGAGUGAUGCUUAUCAAGCUACUGGCUGCUACAAUCUCCUUUGUUCGGGUUUUAUACAAAUCAACAGUCAAAUAGCAAUGGGAGCCAGUAUUUCUCCAGUAUCUGGCUUUCAUAACCCGCAAUACGAUAUCAGUAUUACCAUUUGGAAGGAUCGGAAUGAAGGGCACUGGUGGAUGCAGUUUGGGGACGGGUAUGUGUUGGGAUACUGGCCAAGCUUUCUAUUCUCAUACUUAGCGGAUAGUGCAUCGAUAGUAGAAUGGGGUGGAGAAGUAGUGAACAUGGAAGAAGAUGGUCACCACACGACCACACAAAUGGGAAGCGGUCAAUUUCCAGAUGAAGGGUUCACGAAAGCUAGUUACUUUCGGAACAUUCAAGUCGUUGAUAGCUCUAAUAACCUGAGAGAACCAAAAGGGCUCAACACUUUCACGGAGAAAUCGAAUUGCUAUGAUGUUAAGGUUGGUAAGAAUGACGAUUGGGGACAUUUUUUUUACUUUGGAGGUCCUGGAAGAAAUGCUAAUUUGUGA